AUGCAAAGUAUACUGUACACUAGAAUAGAAACAUACGUGCACAGAAGAAUGGAUAAACCAAACGGAAACAAGAGAAGAAUUGGCAUUUAUUUAGUUGCAUUAGUUAUAUUAAAGUUAAAAAAACUCGUACUUACAGUCGGAUAUGGGACAGAAACAGUACUAAUUGGAGAUAUGUAUAACACAACUAUUGAUUACGAUAAUAACAACAUUAUUGACGAAAUGUUCACAAUCAAUACUAAAGGCUGUAUAAUUCCGCUUGUAGCUGGAAGUGAUAAAUUGAUAAGGAGAUACUUCCAUGAGCCAAGCAGACCACCGGCAUGUCAAAAGGAUGAACACCCUCUAUUAACCUCUAAUCGCACUCACAUAAUUACGUUAAAAGAAAACUUUCAGUUCUACAUGGGUAAAAACAAAUCAAACAUUAAAUGUUGUUAUAAAUCAUUUUACCGGCCGCGGUCCACUGACGGGAUCUCUAACCGUUCUAUCGACGACAGAAUCAUGUAUUCUAGAUGCAAAAUGAUUGGGGACACACUGAAAGUGAAAGACGAAUUUAUUAAAGUCAAUUGCGAUCAGAAUGAUAAGGUUAUAUACAGUAAAUUCUUCAUAUUUGCACAGGACAAAAUGUUCACUACAUUUAGAGCUGAUCCGUUACCUAAUAAUCAAUCGUUGUAUAAUAUUUUAAUAAUGGGAUUAGGAUCCCUAUCCAGAAAAAACUUUUUUAGAACUCUGCCAAAAACGAGGCAGGUAUUAAAUCAGUUUGAGGCUUUGCAGUUAAAAGGCUACAAUACAAUAUCGAGAGAUACAUUUCAGAAUAUGGUAGCCCUAUUAAUGGGCGUGAAUGAUACAGAACUUCGUAACAUUUGCUAUCCGAACCGUUUUGCGACAUUAGACAGCUGUCCGUUUAUAUGGGAGAGAUUUAAAGACAUGGGAUACUACACGGCCCUUGCCGAAGAUAGUACAAAACAUGGUAUGUUUAAUACCGAAACAUUUGGUUUUAGAGGCACACCUACUGACUAUUAUAUACACCCGUUUAUGAGUGAGUCUGAAAGAGUGCAUAAAAAACAAGGUUUUCCAUGCAUGAGCGAUAAAUACUAUUUUGAAGUACUUAUAAAUUAUAUCGACAACCUUACAACGAAACUAAACACUUCAAAAUUAUUCGGUUUAUUUUGGGAAAGUUCUAUGAGUUACAACCACUUAAAAUACCCUGAGAAGAUGGAUGAUGCUUACUCGUCAUUAAUUAGAAAUAUGUACUCAUCUGGCUAUUUGAAUAAAACAAUACUAAUACUUUUAAGUGACCAUGGAAUGAACGUUGGCGAUAUUAAUCUUAUUAAAGAAGGUCGUUUAGAACAAAGACUUCCUUUAGUAUACAUCUUGAUGCCUAGAAGUUUUCGUGACGAAUACACAAUAGCUUUUCAUAAUUUACGACUGAAUAAGAAUCGCCUCACAUCCCCCUUUGACUUGCACAACACUUUAGUGGACCUGCUUGACACCAGUGAUAUAAGCGAUAACGAAAUAAUAAAGAGAAGUAUAGAACCUUAUGGUCAUAACAGAGGUAUCAGUCUUUUUUUAAAAGUCCCUUUAAACAGAACUUGUGAAAUGGCUGGAAUUCAGAAAAAAAUGUGCAGUUGUUAUAAAAGUGUCAAGUUAUCAGUGAAGAAUGGAGUAAUCACGAGAGUCGCUGGUUUUUUCUCACAUUUCAUAAAUGGACAACUAAAGGCUUAUCCCCGCUGCUUAAAGCUUACUGUAAACAAAAUAAUAACGGCCUAUGAACUAAAACCUGUGUACAAAGAAAACGAGGAAUUGCGUUCCUUCAUGGUGAUAUUGAAUACAUUACCCGGUGGUGGUGUUUUUAAAGCACUGCUACAGUACAACUACGACAGUCAAUUUAUACUUCACCUACGAUUUGUAGUACACCUGGAUAUGUAUCAUAUGUACCGGACUGUUAAGAAAAAUCUUCGAGAUGAGGACGCAUGCGCGCAGCCUCACCCCUUCGUCCGCUUCACGAGGCUUGCCACUCUGUCGUGCUAG